GUUCUUUCUCUCAUAUCUCACCAUGGACGCCAUUGUCGAUGAACCGCCGCAAGAGCCCACUUCUCUCUUAUCUUACGAUGACAACGUAGCCUAUGAAGACCAAUUAACAAACCCGAGCGACGAGGCGGGCUUAGCCAGCCGGAUAGGGAAAAACAAAGUGUAUCUACUCUCCGAAUCAUUAGUCGGCAAGCGCAAGCGAGGAGAAGAAGAGCAAGAAGUGGAUAUUACGGAGGAAUUGGAUGAUGUUGAUAUGACAGAAGACCCGACACAAAGAAGCAACGCGCUAUUUGUCCAAGGUUCACCCAUUUCGCACCUUCCAACGGCCCGUCUAUUUGCCUACGCGACGCAUUUUGAUGCUCACCCUUUGGGGUUGGAGUGGAUAGACGACAACACUUGUGUUUUCGUCUUUGAAACGAAUGCAUCAGCGCGUGCAGGCUUUCGGUACCUUCAAAAAGCAGCCGAAGAGGAACCAGACCUCGAGGGUUUCGUUACUGCGAAACCCAUACCAAUGACAUUCUGGCCGCCAGAAGAACAGAUCAACAAGAGCUUGGGAAUGGGAGAAGGGUUAAAAGGCGUGAUUAGGAUGCGUUGGGCUAGUUUAGAUGAUGUGAAGAAGAAAGGUGCGAAGCACGAGAGCGAGUUUUAUAGGAAGCACGGGAAUAUGGCGGGGAAGGAGUUGUUCAAUGGAAGGGAGACCCAAGGUGCAACAAAGAGACGUAAAACUGAAGACCCUGUUGACUUGGAGGUUCAAAGAGAGAUAUUGGAUAGAGAGCUUGACGAUUUUCUCGAUUCUAAGGAUGACGAAGGAAUAGAGGAACCUCCGUCCAAGAUGCGGUCUGACUACAUUGCAGCAGAUGGUCGAACACUUUUGGAGCGUACUUCGAUAAUGCGUCUCCAUUCAGUCCUAGAAACUGACCUGGCGUCUCGUAUUUCCACACACCGGACUACAGCACCUCUCCCUCGUCGCGCACGCCGGAAUUUGGAAGAUAGACUCUGGUCGGAAGGGAGAGUCGAUAGCGCGAAUGGGAAAGGGACACAUCGGAAGAGUGAUACACCUGGAGGAGGUGGAACGGCUCGACCAAGGAAGACACAACAAGAAUUGGACGAUGAGUUGGAUGCCUUCCUGAAGGGGAAAGAAUGAAUUUACUCUUUUCUAUCUGGUUUCAAGUGUACUUCAUAAUGAUAUUCACCCUCUUUCCUACUAUAGACUUCCUUCUCAAUCCCCCAAAUUUGCCCUAAGCACCAGAUAUCACAUACAGUAAGGGAACAAGUUAAGUAUAUGUCUUGACCGAGCUCGUAAAAAAAUAAUUAUGUUACAUUCAGUAAUAAGCAGAUUCCAUCAUCCUCUCCUCAUUAUUCUCUUUUCUCCCUCUUUCCCUGAGUGCCAAACGAGUAACCGAUGGUACCCAGCAUCACCAGCGCCGCACCAGUCCACAUCAUAUUCAUAUCUACAUUUUCAGUUUUUCCACCCACCUUCCCGAAACCUAGCGUGACACUCAACACGAGGCUCAUGGCUUUUCGUACGACUAGCACCAGAGUCACGGUAAGCGCACUAACGCGCGUAGUAAGUCGAUUGACUCCCGCUGCACAGAACGAUUGCGUUAGGGUGUUGAGGAGGAGGGGUAAUGAUGCCGAAGGCAGUGUUAAUCGCGCGUACGUGCCUCCGUCCGCACUAUAGAAGGAGACGGGUAAAGACAUAUUCAAGGCGACGGGAGAAUUAGGGAAAGCAAGGGAUGGCAGAAUGGACAAUGGCCAUUUACGACUUCCGGCUGUAGGGAGGGAAUAUGUCGAUGCUGGCCCUAUUUGGAUAGCGUGUAUUUGGGAUAGGAUGUCCUUUCGUACGCUGACGAACAUCGGCAGCGCAAGGAAGUGAAGAUAGAACAUGGACUCCUGCCAAGUCGGAGGUGGGGCAGCCAGCGAACUCGUGCUCGCAUUCACGGGCAACGGACGCCCAUACCUUGAAUAGGUGUAGUCCUGAACUAAGCCCAGGAGCCCAGCAAAUAUCAAUGCUAAUGUUAAGAUGGCAAUCCCCGUCAGGUAUGUCAAAAGCGAGUCAUUUCCCGAUCCUGACGACUGUUUAGAGGCAGACAUAGUCGUCAAUAAAACACCAACAGUAACUGUGGCGAUAGAGGUGAUUUGAGUAAUGUUAUAUC